AUGUGUCACGUUUGGGAGGUUGUUGAAGACCUGGGAGUCGAUGCAGAUGGCGGUGAUCCUAGUGGAAAUGAUGACAUAUCUGCAAAUUUAUCUCCGUUCUGGCCGCCGAUCUCGCCCCUUUCAACUAAUUUGAUCCACAACACCACCACAUACGCAUACCACUUGAUGCCGAUGUUUUGCUCCAUGGCUUUUGAUUUUAGGGCUUAUUUGAGAAAAGGAGGCUUGGACGCAUGUAAACCAGAUACGACAAAGUCUAACCAGGUUAGAUUUAGGAAACCAAGAAGCAGAGGUGCUUAAAUUCUGGAUUUGUUCAUCCUUUGGGUUCUUAAACUUUUUGAAGUGCUAAUGGAGGUUGCUUAACUGUUGAUUAUUGGAAGUGUACUACAGAAAAAUAUUGAGAUCAAGCUUACAUGUUGAUGUUUAACCUACUUCUCUCUCUCUCUCUCUCUCUCUCUCUCUCUCUCUCUCUCUCUCUCUCUCUCUCUCUCUCAUACACACAUCCACUUCUUUCCACCUUUAUGCUCAUCAGGUACGUAUCCAUGUGAUCAUGAGUUAGAUGUGAUUCUAUGAAUAAUAGUUUGUAAUUUCUUUUUUUGGGAAUACACAUGGUCGAUCAAGUGGUUAGCUCUUGAAUCGUGUACGGUGGGAUUGAACCAAACUUUUAUUGAAAUUUUACAUGGAUUAAAGGAUGCUCAAAUUGAAUGUGAAUAGCCUUGGUAUUUUUCUGGAG